AUAUCGUGCGCAUCCCUAUCAAAUAGUCAAAUUAAAUUUAAAAAUAAAUAAUAAUAUGUUUAUUUUUUAAAACACUACCAUGUCUGAGAUUUUAUUGGAGCCUUCUUUAGAAAUAAGAAAAUUACGUCCUAGUCAGAUUAGAGAAUUAUCAUCUAUUUUAGAGACCCAUGAACUAUGGAAACGUUUAAUGAGCAUAAUUCCAAAAACGCUGGAGAAAACCAACUACAAAUGUGAUUUAACUACUCAUAAUCCUCAUAAAUAUACUGCUGAACACUUUAGAUUAAUUGAAAAUAGAAAAGACAAAUCUAGAUCAUGUACAGAAAUUUUAUUAGAUGAGUGGGGCACUUCAGGAAGAAUAAGACCUGCUCUGGGACAUCUUCUUUAUCUUCUUACCAAAGCAAAGUUAUUUCGAGCUGCAGAUUAUGUGGCUGUUGACCUUCUUCAUCAAGAGAAGCCCAAGAGACCAGAUGUCGGCCCUGAGGCAGAAAUUCCUGUUAAUCUUAGUGAAAUAAUUCAGCAAAGGGAUGAAGAUGAAGAUAUCGAGCAUUUACUUGAUGAUGUGGAUUAUGUCACUGAAGCAGUGAAUUUAAUAAGAAGAUAUUCAGAUAAAACACCAAAGAAAGUUAACAAAAUUCCUGACAUUGUUAUAACUCCAGAUGUAGAAGAGAAUAGAGUGCCAGCAUUCCAAACACCAAUAGUAACGGUCAGACCCAAAGAACCAGAAGUCCAGGAAGAUGUAUCAGAUAUGAUUAAAUUUUCAACCACACAAAUUCAAAAUAGUACAGUGACAGAAAUGGAUUCUCAAGAAAUUCCAGCAGUGGUCAAUAUCAUAAAUUCUGAGAACGUGUCUGAGCCCCAGGAAAUGAACAUGCCAAAUUUGUCCAUGAUUAUGAAUUCGAAUAGUAACAAUAGUAGCACUAGCAACAAUGAGAGUACAGUUGACAAUUCAGCUUCGUCCAUUUCGAAUACUAUGUCCGAGAGUUAUUCACAGUCUUCGGUGCAGUCUGAAAGUUCUGUUACUGACAGCUACAGCCCUGCAUUCAGUCAGAUUUUAGGUCCAACGAUCCAACCAGAAACGACAGGAGAAAAUGUUCCCAAUCUGUCAGUUUUGAAUUUGCAGCCUGAAGGGAGUGAUUCGGAAGUAAAUGUAGAAGCGAAUGAAACAACGUCAGAAGCCAACAUGAUGCCCGAUUUGGAUUUAUUACAGCAACAGUCAGAAGUCAUUACUGAUUCAAAUAAUUUACCUGACUUUAACACACUACAAGUUAGUAACACAGCGAGCCAGAGUAUCCAGCUUAGCACUGCGUCACAAGUUUCAUCAGAGAGUUCAACAAAAACGCGUUCUUGUUCAUCUCCUCUGCCGAAUCUAUCUUUGGAUACCGUUUUGCCACAUUACAGCUAUCAAAACCUUGAAACAGCAACAAAUUAUUUUAACGAAAGUAAAUAUAUGGGUCAGAAAUAUGAGGGGAGAUUUUUAGGUUCUGGAGAAUUCGGAUCGGUUUUCUUGGCUCUAGGUUUGUUAAAUAAACCAAUUGCCGUAAAGAAAUUGUUUAUUGGUGAUGUGGAAGUGGUUGACAUCGACGACGAGGUUACUAAGCAGUUCAGAACUGAAGUUGAAGUGUUGAGCAAGUAUAAACAUGACAAUUUACUGUCUCUUCUGGGUUAUUCCUGUGAUGGAAGCACAUAUUGUUUGUUGUAUGACUACAUUCCUGGAGGGCCGUUAAAGGAUAGAUUACAGAAUAUUUCGAAUAUACUGUCGUGGAAACAACGAUUAAAUAUAGCGAUGGGAACUUCAAGAGCUAUAGCUUAUCUACACACAGCAUUUCCAACACCACUUCUUCACAGAGACAUCAAAUCUGCCAACAUCCUUCUAGACUCUCGAGGUCAGCCAAAGCUUGGUGAUUUUGGUCUCAUAAAGCUCAUGACAAAUCAGAAUAUCAAUACGUCCACCACUGUAUUUGGUACAUCUGCAUAUAUGCCCCCAGAAGCUUUUGGAGGAGACGAAUCAGUGCAAUUUGACACUUUCAGCUUUGGUGUGGUGGUACUGGAACUUUUGACGUCAUUGCCUGCUAUAGAUAAUGACAGAGAAGGAACUGAUCUGGUAACCCACAUUGCAGAAACUAUUGAGAACGAUGACAUAUCAGUUGUCGUGGACUACAGAGCCGGAACUUGGAAGGAAAACAACGUAGAUUAUGCCAUGAAGUUCUAUAAAAUUUCGCAAUCUUGUUUAGAAGAGAAAAUUCGAAGACCUACCAUGGUGCAGAUUAAAACCGCACUCGAUGAUUUAAUGAAAGAUAUAAGAUGAAGGAGUUACAGGUUAAUUGUAGAAAUAUAUUUUUGUACUCAAUAAUUCGUCUCACUACUUUUGCAAAUACCGUCCCUAAAACUUAAAAGCGUAGGCGCCAAAAUAGGCGGGCCAAUACUUUUUAACCCUCCGGUAGCCACGUCUCGUAAAGUUACAUGAGUGGACACACUACGGUACCUAAUGCCGCACAUAUAAAAAACGCAAAAGGCGCAAAAUGAAAAAACGAGUAGUCAGUCUUACAAUGUAAUCUGAACAAAGAAAACGUUUACUACAAAAAAAGAAUUCACAAACAUCCCAAAAGUAAAAUACAUAAAUACAAAAUAUAAUUUACAAUAUAUCAUCAUCAUCAUGGCUUAUUCACUCCUGGCGGAGUGUUUGCCGCCCUUUGGGCUCUCUGAUUCAUUUGUUGCGGAGAAUCAGUCCGCUGUUGUCUUUUAUUAUUAUAGCAGCGUGUGUGACUUGGCUUUGUCUACAACUUUUCUCCAUUCUUUCCGGCCCUUACAACGCUCCUUCCAAUUGUAGAUUCUCAGCUUCUUUAUGUCUCCUAAGACUUGAUCUCUCCAUCUUGUUUUGGGUCUUCCCUUUGGUCUCCCUGUUGUUGGUCUCCAGCCAGUUAUUCUCUUUAGCGUAGAGUCUGGGUUAGCUCUUUCUGUGUGUCCCAGCCACCUGAGCAUCUGCGCCUUCACGAACUUAAUUAUGUCUUCACCCUGGAUGACUUCUUUAAUUUCUUCAUUUGUUAAUCUUCUAAAUUCGCCUACACUUAUCCUCACCGGUCCCAUUAUUCGUCGAAUUAUCUUUCUCUCUAAGAUUUCUAAUCUCAUUUCAUCUUUUUGUGUUAGGCACAUCGUCUCUGCACUAUAGGUGAUCACUGGCCUGAUUGCAGUCUUGUAAAUUUUUAAUUUGGUUGUCUUACUAAUGUGUUUUUCUUUCAAGAAUUUUUGGUAGUUCCAAUAGGUUUUAUUACCCAGUAGGAUGCGUCCAUUUAUUUCAUCCGUUCUAUCAUUUCUGCCAUUCACCAUCACUCCCAAAUAUUUGAAACGGUGUACUCUUUCAAAUGAAUAUACUCCAAGCUUAAUUUCUUUCUCGAUGUUCGUAUUCUCUCUUGAGCACUUGAGGUAUUUCGUUUUGCUUUGGUUUAUUACUAGCCCUCUCUUCUUUGCUUCUUUAUCUAGUAUUAAUAUUAUAUUCUGCAUGGUUUUUAAAUCUCUAGUAACGAGUGCAAUAUCGUCUGCAUACGCUAUCAGUUGGGCUGAAGAUUCGAUAAUUGUUCCCCAAAUUUUGGCUGCUCUUACUGCACCCUCUAUGGCAAUGUUAAAUAAUGUUGUUGAUAGGGAGUCUCCCUGUCUGACACCUACCUCUAUUUGUACUUCAUCUGACGGGCCUUCCCUUGUUAAGAUUCGUGCUUUGGAUUCCUUCAUCGUCAUUUUCGUGAGACUUACUAGUUUUUCUUGAAUGCCUAGUUGCUUCAUAUCAUUAAUUAGCUCCUCCCUUAUUACACCGUCAAAGGCUUGCUUGUAGUCAAUAAACAGUAUAUGUAGAUCUAUUCCAUGCUCGUAACUUUUUUCUACGAUUUGCGUUACAAUGUGUAUUGCAUCUAUUGUUGACUUACCUUCUCUGAAUCCAUGUUGGUAUUCACCUAUUUUUGUUCUCGUUUAUUUUUCUAUUCUUUGUCUGAUCAAAUUAGUUAAUAUUUUGUACAUUGUAUUUAAUAGCGUGAUUCCCCUGUAGUUAGUGCAUUUCGUCUUGUCACCUUUUUUAGGGAUUGGUGUUAUCAGACCGCAAUUCCAGUCGUUCGGCAUGCGUUCUUCUUCCCAUAUUCGUUCUAUCAGCUUGUGGAUUCUGUGGGCUAGUUCCUCUCCCCCUUUCUUGAAGAACUCAUUUAUAAUGUCGUCUGGUCCUGCUGCUUUCCUUGUCUUUAAUCUGUUUAUGGUCGCCAAUACUUCGUUGUAUGAGGGAGGCUCUGAUUGUUCUUCAUUCCUAUUUACUGUUUGUACAUUCCUUUUUUUUUAAUAUUUGCCGGAAUCUUUUUCUUAUUCUGUGCUUUUAUGUGUUUAUAUAGUCUUGCAUUAUCGUUACUAUUAGCUUCGAGUUCCAGCAGUAAGUCUUCAAUCAAUUUCUUCUUUUUAGUUCUGCAACAUUUGUCUGACUCUUUCUUUUUCUCUUUAUAGUGUAGGAGAUCUUCUUGUUUCCCUGUGGCCAACCACCUGUGUCUUGCUUGGUCCUUGCCUUUACUAGCUUGCUCGCAUUCUUCAUCGUACCAAUCUUUUCUUUUAUUGUCGUUCAUUAGUCCUAUCGUCUCCUCUGCUGCUGUUAAAAUACUAUCUUUUAUGUCUUCCCAUGUUUCAUCUAUGUCCGAUGGUUUUAGGACUAGUAGUUUUUCUUCCAACUUAGUGCAGAAUUUUCUGUUUGCAUUAUCUGUGUUUAGUUUUGACCUAUUCCACCUCUUUCUUUUCUUUCUGUCGUUUUUGUCUUUAAGUAUCUUCAAUUUCAUGUCGCCUAUCACCAAAAUGUGAUCCGAAUCAGCAUUGGCUUCCCUGUAGGACCUCACAUUCUGUACAAUUGUUCUCCAUUUUUUUGAAAUUAGGAUGUGGUCUAUUUGGUUUCCGUCUGUCGUUCCAGGUAUUAGCCACGUUACUUUGUGCUCUUUUUUGUGCUUGAAUUGGGUGCUAAUAAUAAAAGUAUUGGUUGCUGCUGCUAGAUUACAUAUUCUCCUGCCAUUGUUGUUCGUAUUUUGAUGGAUCGUUUCUUUUCCUGCGAUUUCUCUGUUCGUGUCUUCUUUCCCUAUCUUUGCGUUAAAGUCUCCUAAUAGGAUUAGUAUGUCGUUCUUUGGUAUUUCUUCGUACAAUUCUUCAAGUUUUUCAUAGAAUUCAUUCUUUUCUUCUUCGGGAGCAUUCUCUGUAGGUGCAUAUAUAUUAACAAAUGUUAAAUUUGCUUGUUUAUUUUUCAUUCUUAUAUAUGAUAUUCUUCCAUCAACCGCUUUAAAGUUAAUAAUCUUGUCUCUUACGCUAUUACUAACUAGAAAGGCGGUUCCAUUGCGACCCUGUUUGCUUUCUCCUGCGUAGUACAUUGUGUGGUUUCUUCUAUUGAUCAUCCCUUCUCCUGCCCACCUUAUUUCUUGUAGCGCUAGUAUUUCCAUCCUGUAUUUUGUCAUUUCUUUUGCCAACUCUUCCAUUUUGCCUGGUCUUAGAAGUGUUUUGAUGUUCCACGUUCCUAUUCUUAUUUUCCUGUUUUUGUCUUUUAUUUUAUUUUGUUUUUGUUUUAUUUUUCGUCUUUUCUUACAAAAUAUUUUCAUGUCCGUAUUCAUUGCCAACUCCGUUAUACUGUCGCCGUCUUUUGUUAUAUGUUUUGUUAGUUUUUUGACGUCAUUUUUAUCAAUUUUCCGCGUGGAUCUAUAUCAUCAGAUAGGGGGGAUCUGUCGUUUAUUGUCCUAGCGUUACUCUUCUUCUCUUCAGGUUUCCUCCAGUAAUUUAUAUCCAUGCCUUCUAGUUGGUCCAGUGAGAACAGUUCACCAUUUAUCCAUAAUUUGUUGUAUUUUAGUGCGGCUGUGUGUCCUUCCUGGCGUACCAUUUUCAUGUGCUGGAGAAGAUGCUUCCUUUCUUGUAGUAUUUUUUUCGGGAAGUCCUCAUUGAUAUAUAUGUUAGUUCCUCUUAGGUUUUUAGCAGCCUUCAGAAUUUCCAUUCUCGUAGAUUCCUUUUUCAUUUCUAAUAAGAUGGGUCUGGGUACAUUUUGGGGAUCACCUUGUCUACCUAUUCUUCUCAUCUCUACCAGUUCUUCAUCUAGGUUUGUUUGUACGUCGAUUUUUUCCAUUAUCCCCUUUAUCUUAUUUAUCAUCUCUUGUUCGCUUUCUGUUUGGUUUUCUUCGACCCCCUGUAUUAUUAUGUUUUUUCUUCUGGCUUGUCUUUCCAGUAAUUCGAUUCUAACUUCUUUUUCCGUGAUUUUAGUUCUCAUUGCUUGGUGAUCUGCUUUCAACUGCUCGUUUUCUUUAUUUAAUUUAUCCAGGUCUACUUGCAUUUUAUCUAUUUUGCUUUCGAUUCUUACAUUUCUUUCAUCCAUUCUCUCUAAUUUUUCUAAUAUCUGCUCCAUUGUACCGCGGUAAGGGGGUCAGCCCAAUCGACUUGGCGGAGCGUCAACCCUUCUCAGCACUUUGGAGUUUUACUCAGAUAUAUAUUUUCGUAUUAAUGUUUCGGCUUUAUUGCAGAAAUUUUUCAAUAGCCGGCAACGUCGCUUUUAUUUUCGACGAAACUUCACCUCUUAUCGGAAUGUUUUUGUCUGUUGUUUAUUAAUUGUUUGAGAGGUUAUUAUGCUUUUUGCAAUGCUUACUCACUAGUUUCUGCUGAAUUUUGACGAACUAUUUUUAUCGGGAGCACUGUCGUCUGUCUAAAUUCACUAUAGUUUGUAUUCGUUUAUUUUUCACUUUGUUACACUAAAUUUUUAUAUUUUAAUACGGAACGUAUUUUGACAGUAUCGUUCAAGUUCAAGCCUCGAUGCCAAAGUUAUAUACAUAAAUACAAAAUAAUUGGAUUAGUCUUAUAAACACACAUUGUACUGAAUUUAUUUCUCACUUUAAUUUUUGAAAAGAAAAUAUUGAACAACUCUCACUUUAACGCUCAGUAUCCAACUGAUAAAACACUUUAGAAAAUGCAAUAGCCGCAGAUAGUAUUUUAAAGAUAGUCACUCGGACAUAUGUAUAUCUAAAUUGUGAUGUGUACGAAAGAAUACUGAUAAAAUUUAUUAAAACUUUUAAAUGCGGCACGGAGUACCGCAGUUUGGCCACGGGAGGGUUAAAUACAUUCAUUUUUUUCGAAAGUAUUUUUGAAAAAUUUAAACUCAGAACGAAAUAUUACAUUAUUACCGAGGGCCUAAAGUCCCUGAAAAAUUCUAUAAUGUUUAUUUUAAUAAGUUACAGGGGUGAAAAAGAUGAGAAAAUUGAGUGUGAUUUUUAAUUUCAAAUAUCUCAUUUAAAAGAAACUUUCUGUUUAUGCUAAGAGACUUUCGGUCGUUGGUAAUAAUAUAAUAUUUCAUUCUGCGUUUAAAUUUUUCUAAAAUAUUUAUUCGUUUUUUCAGGUAUGAGAUUUAAAAAUCAUUGGCCGAAAUUUUGUGCCUACACUCUUAAAAACUUUAAAAUAAUUAGCAUUUUCAGUACAUUUCAUUGAUGUAAUGUCAUAUGGUCAAUAUUUUAAGCUUAGAACUGUCUUGAUUUUAAACAAAGCGAAUUAUAAUAUGUUUUCUAAAA